AUGACCCCUCCAACCGCGGGUUUCUGUUUUCGGACUAGCGUCUCAUUCCCCGCGCUCAGCCUCGCCCACCUUGAGCCUCAUUUCAGCAUAAAGGGGAACAUUCAGAAGCACCAAAAGAGCUCGCAGCAUUAUCCUGAACGGCUGACCAUGGAACCAGCAACAUCCUUCCAUUCCUUUAAAAACCUCCCCAACGAGAUCAAGCAUCAGAUCUGGACUUACACAUAUGAACAAGAAGCUCGGGAUAAUGCCCGCAUACAGCGAAUCGCAAAGGAUCCUCUUCACGAGGUGAAGUCCCUCUCGAAACCACUCGAGCUGCGAAUCGUCGCCCAAAAACGAUAUCGAGUCCCUUCCCUCCUACACGCCUGCCGCGAUGCCAGAACAGUGGCCUUGAAUUACUGGUCUCUGUGGCAUUGCGCGGAACCUCUGACCUUUCACGAUGAUGGCACAUCCAUCUAUGUCAGCAAGGAGCACGACACAUUCUACUUCGCAGACGGCGCUCCUAAGGACUUCUGGAUGCUGAGCAGCUUCGUCGGUUACACGCAGGAUAUAGCUGACUUGGGGGAAGACGAUCCAAAGAACGUCGAGAGAAUCUGGCGGGAAUGGGCGCAGGACAUAAACCAUUUUGCGGUGGACUGGUGGUGCUGGUUAGUAGCUACGACAUCGUGUGACUGGACCUGGAUGGGUGGACUUGGAUUGAGCGAGGAAGGAGACCUGACAAUCGUAAUCAAGAACCCGAACGAUCCAGGACAUAUACCCGAGUUCUCUCCAUAUAUCGAGACGAGGCUGAAAGAAGUCACACUGGGCACGGUCAGAGCGAAGGCUGUCGAUACUAUCCUGACGCAUAUUAAGUACAAGGAGAUUAAGGAGGAGUUCCCGUUUGAUACACAGACAGUCAAAUUGAAGAAGCCGGCGGACGAGGAUAAUUGCUGUGUACCAGCGUUAAAGGCACUGGCUGUGGUGGGUCCGAAUGACGACGAAAAUUCUAAAGAAGAUGAAGAGUACCUGGAGGCUGUGAAACUUCAAGCCAGAUUCCACAGAGUGAGUCACGAUAUCCGGAACUUGCAUCAUGAACGGCGGACGUUGGCACGGGAGAUCAAGAAAAUGGAGAUAAGAUUGCCGACGACUAUAUAG